CGAGGCCGGGCGCGGGAGGCGGCGGCGGCGGCGGCCCCGGGAGCUGCCGAUCGGCGCCGGGACAAAGGCGCGGCCGCCCGGCGCCCCGAGCAGCCCGAGCCGGGGCGCACAGCCGGGGCGCAGCCCGCGCCCCCCGCCGCGACUGACAUGAUGUUUCCACAAAGCAGGCAUUCGGGCUCGUCGCACCUUCCCCAGCAACUCAAAUUCACCACCUCGGACUCCUGCGACCGCAUCAAAGAUGAGUUUCAGCUGCUGCAGGCUCAGUACCACAGUCUGAAACUAGAAUGUGACAAGCUGGCCAGCGAGAAGUCGGAGAUGCAGCGUCAUUAUGUGAUGUACUACGAGAUGUCCUACGGCUUGAACAUUGAGAUGCACAAGCAGGCUGAAAUCGUCAAGAGGCUGAAUGGGAUAUGUGCCCAGGUCCUUCCCUACCUUUCCCAAGAGCACCAGCAGCAGGUCUUGGGAGCCAUCGAGAGAGCUAAGCAGGUCACUGCUCCUGAGCUGAACUCCAUCAUCCGACAGCAGCUCCAAGCCCACCAGCUGUCCCAGCUGCAGGCUCUGGCCCUGCCCCUGACCCCACUGCCUGUGGGGCUGCAGCCCCCUUCGCUGCCGGCGGUCAGCGCAGGCACCGGCCUCCUCUCGCUGUCGGCGCUGGGCUCCCAGGCCCACCUCUCCAAGGAAGACAAGAACGGGCAUGACGGUGACACCCACCAGGAGGAUGACGGCGAGAAGUCCGAUUAGUGGGCUGUGGGGGUGGGGAGGUGGGGGUGGGCAAAGGGAGAUAGACACGGAGAGAGGGACUUUCAGUGCAAGACACAUCGUAGCUCGGGAUUGGCCAAACGCUGGUAAUGUUUAUGGUAGCUGCCUGCUGGGGCCCUCGCCCUGCACGUGUGCCACCCCCUGGCUUUCCUCCUACACCCGGACUCCUGGCCUCCCUCCUCCUCCCCUGCAGCCGGAAUGGGCGCAUACCUGCUCAUACCGCAGAUGAGGCAAGCUGAGGCCUGGAGGCGCAAGUGGGAGGCCAGGUCAGAAGGGAGCAAAGCCUCAUGAGGUCCAACCCCGCUACCCCGCACCUCCCCGAUUCACACACGUGUAACUGACAGUCUGCCCGCCGGGGACCCUCCUGGCACACCCGGCCUCCCACCCCGGCACUGCAUGCAAACACAACGCUAGCCGCCCCUUCCCGCCACCCUGGGCGUCCUGCGUCCCCCCUUCUGCCCACUCACCCUCUGCUGGUCCCCACGCCCACCUGGUCCUCUCCCCUCGCCCAUGAAAGAGGGGCCGGGACAAAACGCGCUUAGCCUGGGGAGCAGGGUGGGGCCGGAGACCCAGAAUUCCCUUUCUCCCCUUCCCGAAUAAAGAUGAGGGUACUCAAGUUGUCUUGGUUUUUAUUUUAUUUUUCCCCCUUUUUCCAGUAUACUAGCUUGUCUUUUAAGAAAAGGGAUAUUAAAAAAAAAAAAAAAAGACAAAAAAAUGUUAAAAAAAAAAAAAGCAACACCCACACCUGUGUCUGUAUAUAGCCUUUUAGACUGUCAGCUUUUGUUGUGUUCAGUCGUUUGAUCUCUACAGAGAGAAGUAAAAAUGCUGUAUUGAGGGUGGGCUUAGCUGUGCCUUUCAAAUAAAGACGUGAGAAGGUUG